AAAAAAAAAAAAAACCCUUAAAAUUUUACUUUUUUUAAAUGUAUCAAUUUAGUAAUAUCACUAUAACCCAUAAGCGCACUACCUCCUGUGAAGCGCUUCUCGUUAUGUCAAUGGCAUGAGGCAGGCCUACCAGGCGGUAAAGCCCCCUUCUUCAGGUGCUAAGUACGGCUAACGAUAGGACACUAUCUUCAUGAGUUACGAUGUCAAGUACCGCCACAAAAAUGUGUGGACCUUGUAAAACCCAAAUGUGUGGGCCUCGGGAAAAACUUAAUAACUGUAGUGAUAUUCUGCUGGCCUGGCACCGUGACAAGACUUGGUGACCAUGGUCACCCAGCACACCAAAGCAUGCUGUGUGUCUGGAAUUGAAGCACAAACAGCUGCCAUUGGUCAGCCACCCCGAAGAGGCGUACCCCAUUCCCCCUGGAGAACUGGGAAUUCGUACCCCCGCCUCUUCAGGAAGCAAGUUUGCUUUGGCUUUUUGCUCAUGGACCGACCUUUAUCCAGGAAGUGUAGAAAAACAUUGACAUCGUCCAUUUCAGCUGUUUUCAUGUGUGGUCUAAUUACGCCGAGAGUUAUUUCUAAAACGAAUGCAAUUGCGUUUAACGAUAACAAAAACAAAACAACAACCAAAAAAAUGUCCACAAUGCGUUUGUACAGAAUUUCGAAAUCGUGCGGGAAGGACCGCCAUCCCUGAGGUGGAGUACACAAGUAGAGUUCCCGAUUGCUUCUUUUUAUAACUUUGGAGGAAUACUAUUUCAGUAAUCUAAGUGUCCGAAAAAAAAUGGCGACUGUUCUGUGCCAGGGAAGAAACCAACUGGAUCUGUUAAUAAAAGCAGUUGAAGCUUCCUGUCAGAAUGAAGGUGAAACAAUGGAAACUAUUGAGGCGGCUGAGGCCCUGCUCAACAUGGACUCCCCGGGCUGCUUUGUGGAUGACAAGCGUAUCACGCAUGUGUUGGUGCCGUCGGUAACAGCUGAUGGAAUUCCUGAGGUAGUGGAAGUUCAACAGGGUCGGCACUCCCUGAGCGAAUCAGCAGUUGGGAAAACGACAGAAGAGCCCAAGAAGAAGAAAGGCAGAAAACCCAGACCACCGCGACCUGAUUCGCCUGUCACACCCAAUAUCUUAAUAAGAAAGAAAGCUAAAGAUGGCAAAGGCAAUAUGUUAUAUCUUUGGGAGUUCCUAAUAGCCUUACUGCAGGACAGAUCCACAUGCCCAAGAUAUAUAAAGUGGACACAAAGGGAGAAGGGCAUCUUUAAACUGGUCGACUCCAAGGCUGUAGCACGUUUAUGGGGAAGACACAAAAACAAGCCAGAUAUGAAUUAUGAGACAAUGGGCAGAGCUCUCAGGUACUAUUACCAGCGAGGUAUACUAUCUAAGGUAGAAGGACAGAGAUUGGUCUACCAAUUUAAAGAGAUGCCAAAAAACAUUGUCUACGUGGAUACUACUGAUCCGUCCUCCGCAGAAUCCAUAGACAUGCUAGAGGCAGACAUGCCAUCAUGCAAUGAUCAGGCUUCACCCCGUUCCACCAAGAAAUCGGUCAGCAGCAGAAGUCCAGCCACAAAGCAGAGGGCCUCCGCACACAGAGCAAGGCGAGGAGCAGCUGCAGUGCCUGCCCCCGGUGUGCUGGAGUCUGCAGUGGACACAGAGGCAAUCAAGCCAGUCCGGCAGGUGGAGCUCAUACAGCAGCAACAUUUACCGGUAGUGUCUGUGGAAAUGUUGAGAACUUUGCAGAGUAUCCAGUCAUUGAAACCAGGACAGCAUGGGUCUGUUUUCAGGACAGUCCAACUCAUGGAGCAUUUUCAGAAUGCCCAGGAGGGGCAGACUGUUUUAACUGCAGCACAGUGUGGCCAGACAGUCAGCAGCGUGAGCAGCCCGUCUCCGGUUCCAGUGGUAGUGUCACCAGGGAUGCAGCCGGUGGGCACUGUAACACUGCAGACCCUCCCGCUCACAACAGUUCUAGCCAGCACUGACCCGUCUGGGGCUUCGCCUCCCACCUUCUUCCUGCAAGCUAUUCCCUCCCCUCAGGUGGCAGCUCCCACAUCUCCAGAUGCCCUGAGCAGAGUCCCUGGUCAGCAAGUGCUUGCGAACAGUAACAGGACUGCUUCUGUGCCUUCUUCCCCGACAGUCGGGGCCGCCGCCCCUGUGGUGACAUUCUCAACGGGCGGCCUGCAGCUGGUGUCCCAUCCGCCCGGCACGGUGAUCGCCUCGAUAACCAAAGCACCUGAAACCAAACACAGCCUGCCUCAGACACAGCAGUGGGAGGAUAUGGAGAGCAGCCAGCGCACCGACCUCAAGUCACAGCCGCACUUCAGUGUAGUGGUGCUCAAUGACAUGUGGCUGGAAUCCGAGGUGACAAACAGUCAGAGGGAAGACAUCUGAAAGGACUGCGUUGUCACUUGUCUCGUGUUUGUAAAUACAGUACGGUAGCUGCGGAGAGAAUUGAAGUAAACCCAUCUGCAAUGGAAAAAACUACAAAGGUGCAAAUCAAUUUCCCUUCCCUUAAUUCACUUCUGUGGCAUUUCCAUUGUGCUAUCUGUCACUGUGAAACUGAACUUUUCAUUUCUUAAACAGAAGAAAACCCAUACACAAACACAUGGAUUGUGUAAGCGUUGUACAAUUUACUGUGGUGUACUUUUAUUAAAGAAAACACAGUCAGCAGUCCUCCCCUCCAGUGGUUUUCUUUCUGGAAAGAGUUCCUUUCUAGUUAGAACUCAGCAUUCAGCACCAUCCUGCUUUACUGAAACUGGUAAAGAUAUCUGGGGUGCUGGAUGUCUCUGUCCAACUGUGUGUGCAUGGAGGAGAGGGGUGCUUUUUUUUUAAUUUUUUUUAAUUUAGUUGGAUUUUUUACCCCAUUUGUUUCCCAGUUUGGAAUCGGCAAUUGUAUGUAUUGAUCUCAGUCCACCGCUGCAACGACUUUGCGAAAUGAAGUGUGCCCUGCCAAGCUGUCUUUUUUCACACUGCAGGUCCACAGCGAAGCCAUCAGACCUAUAGUGCCUGAGGACAACACGGAUCUGAAAGGCUCCACAGCAGACUCGCUGGUGCCCUGACGGACACAGGAGUCACUGGUUCGUAGUGAAUCGAGGAUUACCCUGCCGACCUGAGCCCUCCCUACCCAGGUGGCACUCGGACAAUUGUGCGCUGUUCCCUGGGAACUCCCGGUCAUAGUCUGCAAAUGACAUAGCCUGGGUACAAACCAGCCAUCUCCAGGCUACAGAGGGGUGCUCUUGACAUUUGAACAACCCAUGAGAGGUUUUAACAAAAUCCAGCUACUCUACUACAGUACAGCUGCCUCCUUUUUUGAGUUGUGCUUUCCAGAGAGGGAAAGGUUCAACUUUAUUAAAUGAAACAUUAACCUGAUCCCAGAUAUGCUUUCUACAUGAAUUCUCACAAAACCUUCCAGAUGUAAUUUGAAAUUCAAUGUAAAAAUAUGAAGGACUCUGCAAAGUGCUGCACGUUCAUGUAGCUGCAAUACAAAACAAGCUUAAUUUUGUUUGAGUUUUACUGUACUUUUCCAGCUUUAUUUAUAUAAUAUGUGUUUUUUGUGGCCUUUUAAGAUACUUUUUUUGGAUGCGAUGGUGCACAAGCACAGCCUAUAAAACUAUUCUGACAUAUCCAGUAAUGUAAAUAUUGUACAUUAAAUUUGACUGUUAAUGGAUACAAAUUUCUAACAAAUUUUGUGAGUUACAUUUUUACACAGGUGCUGUAGGACUACGAAUAUGUAUAGCGAUAUUUCUAAACAUUUUAUAUUCGAGUGGUUUUGUAUUUAUGGAAAUAAAUUUUAAAUUUUGA